AUGCCUCGCAAAAAACGGUAUGCUCCAAUGAAUGCAGUUCCAGCUUUCAUGACUUUUGCCCUAGAAAAAAUCGGUGAAAAUGCAAACGUCACAGAGAUUGUACAAGGCACACAGCUCAGCUUCCGCCUGUUCAUCCACUUCACUAACGGUACAACGGAUAUGACAGUGGAGAUCUUUACACCUGCAAAUCAGACAACUAUAAUGAUUCUCUGUCCCCCGAUCAUCAGUUACGUAGGCUCCAAUCUUCAAAUCAAUCCAGUAAUACCUGUUCUGGAAUCGAAGAGCCAGACGGCAUUGUUUGACCGCGCUGUCUUCAACUUUGGAAAUGUUACCAAUAACAUGAAUGACGUGACCAAAGCAGAGAAUAGUAUUCUUCAAAUAGACUUCAAUGCAACUAUGAUCAACCCAGCAACAAGUUCAAGCAUCAAAAAUCAAACUUUCUGGGUUAGUGCAGGUGCAGAAUACAACAACCAAAAUGACAUCUGGGUCGGACAAAGCAUGUAUAUUGCCAAGGAAAGCGAUAAGCAGAAUGUAUCAGGAACGCCUAAAUUCAAUUUAACCGGACCAUCAAAAAUUCCCAUUGCUUCAUCAGCCAAAUUCCGGCUAGAUCUGAACCUGCCAAUUCUUACGAAAAAAGUGAAAGUUGACGUAUUUCCGCCGCUGAACACUUCCGGCGUUAUGUCGGUAUGCAACCUAAAAGUUCGCGACACAGGCCGCAAUUUUGCAUGCUUACCUGUCGAUUACAUUGAAGGAAAGCUGAUUAAUUCUCGGGUAUAUAACGGAAAUUCAAAGGCGCACAUUAAUAUGGGAGAUGUCGUUAAUUCUGGAAUUAUGUCCAGCGUUUAUGAUUCAAACGAAGACUGGAUUUCCCUGCAAUUCGCCAUGAACGUCUUCGACGACGCUUCUCUCGUGGGUAAACAGUUUUGGAUCGGUGCUUCGGUCACGAUGGACACGGAUUUCAUCUGGACUGGUCAGUACUUGGUUGAAAUCGAUGCCAAAGUGGACAUUUCUACGACCACUCCACUGACCGUAUCCGCUAAUGUCAAAACUCCGAUUGUCAAGAAAACUGACCUUCUAUCACCUAAUAUAUAUACAUAUUCAGACGAAGAAAUACGAUUUAUCCAUAGAAAAUACAAAAAUUUUAAAUUAAUUUGCCACUCAGGAGGAAAGUUUAUUUUAAAUUUUUUUGAACCGUCAUUUUUUAGUCUCAAAACCGGUGACAAUGUGGCGUGCGUCAGCCGUGAUGAGCCCAAAUAUUUGACCCGGGCGGGUGAAACGGUUCCAUCUUACACUCGUCUUGACCUGGGAAGGGUGACAAACACCGGAAUGAUGGAUGGGAAGAAAAAUCAAUCAACUAAUGUGAUAAAGGUUCAGAUUGUAUCGACUCCCCUGAAGAAAACAGCGGCCCAAAAGUACACUGUGAAGACAAACGUCAACUAUGGAAAACAGAAGACGCUCCCGAAAGCUUAUGACGUCACUGUUACGUCAGCUCCAAUGACACUUCCGACAAAUAUCACUCCGGACUACAACGUCGAUUACGCCCAAGGAUCCGGCAGCGUGCUGGUCGGUGCUAGUACAGAUCUGCUCGUCAAUGUCACCUUUAUACCUGGAUCAUUCUUCUCGAAUUUGAAUAUCGAAUCCCUUGCGCCAACGGACAGCCAGGGGACCAAGUACACAUUUUGUAGUAUUCGAGCCGUCCACAUAGGAAGGAAUCUCCCUUGCAUCAAAGAUGAUGACAUCAAAAGGAAUGUAAAAUUCGUUUCGUCAUCUGAUGACAAUAAAUACGACCAGGCUUUCGUCAAUAUGACUGAUCUCUGCGUGACUCGUGAAUAUCCCGAUGAAGUGGAUAACAGACUUUCAUUAUUAAUCACUGUGAGAAUGGAAGAUCAUCCGGCAAAUAGCAACAACAGCAAAGACUGGGUUACCGUCGGCCUUUAUUAUAACAAUAAAACAAUACUUGUCUUUCAAAAUUCACUCUGGACAUUAAGAGGGCAGGUUGCCGAUGUAGUGCCGGGUGGAACAGAACGAGUUGACGUGGUAGAAGUGUCUCCGGUGUCUUCCCAGCCGAUAGGUUAUGUCACGGGUUACAAUAUCAGCAUCAAAAUCCCGCCUCUGUCUUCCAUAUCAGUGAUUGUCAAUGCUUCAACAACGUCGCCAUCAUUGCAAAUUUGCACACUGAAGGUAAUUGCAGUUGGGAGUGGUCUGGGCUGCAUCGUUCCAGAAAAGGACAUUCUUGAAAUCCCUGACUCCAAUAUGCUGAAAAAAGCCGGAAUUAACUUUGGGCCCGUGACAAAUAUUGGAACGGACUCCGUCCAUGACAGCUAUUUCUUCGACAAGACGACCUUAUUGAUGCAACUGGUGGUUAAGCUUGCUGACGGAGUCACUGCCACGAAUCCGUUAGAAAUUCAAGUUAAACUCGGAUCCCAGACACCAAAAGUGUUUCCUUUCAAUUUGAAAACAACGUUGAAUACUACUGGUAUUACAAUGACGACGCAGCCUUUAAGCAAUGUGACGAGUUUUAUCGGCGCCAUUACCGGAAACGACACAGUACCAGAAAUAGUCAAAGGCCAAUCGAAACGCGUGUUGACGCAGUUUUAUGUUCCAGCUGACAUGGUCCGAAAAAUGAAGAUAGAAACGACCCUGGAUCCAAUUAAUCAAGUCGAAAUGAGUGAUUACAAUGUGGUUUAUAAGGGAGAGAACCUGCCUUGCAUCGACAAAGGAACGAAGUCAGUUAUUGAAUCAAAGUAA